AUGAAUGUUUACAUCAAAUCCGUAGUAUAUCUAGCAGUGUUUGGUGGCGCGGGUUAUGUACUGUCCGAGAUAACCACACCAAGCAAGGAGAAACUAGAACUAAUUAAGCGGCAGCAUCACGGUGGAACAGUCGAAGAUACCAGCAAGAAAGCGCAGUUUAUGAAGAAGUUGAAGGAAGCAAGCGAAUCCAGUGAACCAAUCUAUCUAAAGAAGAAGAACGAGUAA